AUGUCUGGCCCAACCAUUGUCCUCAUCACCGGCGUCGCCCGAGGAAUCGGUAGAGGGCUCGCAGAAGCCUAUCUCUCCCGGCCAAACCACACUGUAAUCGGCACUGUGCGAGACACGGCAGCCCCCAAUGUCGAUUCCCUACACUCGUACACCACAGCGCCAGGCUCCCGCCUCAUCCUCGUCCAACUCGAAAGCACCAACCCAGAGGACUAUACCGAGCUUGCAUCAACCAUAAAGUCUGAAGGAAUCACCCACCUCGACAUCAUCAUUCCAAACGCAGGGGUUGCUUCCCCAGCUGGAACCCCAGCUACCGUCGACAUCGACGUCGUAAUGAACGUCUUUGACGUGAAUACCCUAAGUACCCUUCGCUUAUUUCAGGUUACUAGGGAUUUUUUGCAAAAGUCACCCAGAAAGCCGAAAUGGGCCUCCAUGAGCUCUGGUGCGGCGUCAAUCACUUGCCUUGAGCAGUUUGGGACGGCCCGGGUUGCGCCGUAUGCGUUGAGUAAGGCGGGGAUGAAUUGGAUUACUGUCGCCAUUCAUGCGUCUGAGGAGUGGUUAACGGCGUUUGCGAUUCAUCCUGGGCUGGUGCAAACAGAUAUGGGCAAUAAGGGUGCACAGAUGAUGGGUUUGAAAGAGGCGCCAAAUACACUCGAGGAAGCGGUUACCAAGACAAUGGCUGCGAUUGAUGGUGCGACGCGCGAGGGUACGUCCGGCAAGUUCUUGAACAUUAUUGAUGGGACGGAGGUGCCAUGGUAG